UUCUCAUCAACUCAGAAACAAAUAUAAUAAAUAAAUAACUUCAGUUUCAACAAAUUCUCUUAAUUCUUCUUUUUUUAUCUGAAUUUUUAAACCUUUUUUUUUUUGUUUUUUUUUAUCAUCAUGGGUGUUAUUACUUAUGAAUCAGAAUUCACUUCCACUAUUGCUCCUGCUAGGCUAUUCAAGGCUUUUGUUCUUGAUGCAGACAACCUCAUUCCAAAGGUUGCUCCAAACGCAGUUAAAUCCGUAGAAAUCAUUGAAGGAGAUGGUGGGGCCGGAUCCAUCAAGAAGGUCCACUUCGGCGAAGGAAGCCAUCUCAGCUAUGUGAAGCACAAAAUUGAAGUGAUUGACAAAGACAACUUCGUCUACGCCUACAGUUUGAUCGAAGGCGAUGCUUUGACAGACAAACUUGAGAAGAUCUCGUACGAGACCAAGUUCGUAGCAGCUGAUGGAGGAUCCAUCAUCAAGAGUGUUAGCAAAUACCACACCAAGAGCGACGACCACGGUAUCACCGAGGACAAAAUCAAGGAAGGGAAAGAAAAGGCUUCUCAUCUCUUCAAGGUUGUUGAGAAGUACCUCCAAGAGAAUCCUAAUGAAUACAACUAAAUUAUAAAAAAAAAAAAGGCUCUUUGUUUAUAUUAUCUGAGUGUGGCUUUUCAUCAUGGUGUUCCAUGGGGUUUGAUAAUAAGGAUUUUGCUGUUGUGAUCAUGCAGUAACUGUUGCUUGUGGUUUUCUCUCUGCUUGUAUUAAGGUUUCAUAGUGAAAGUAAAACUGUAUCGGUUUCUUAUAAUAUUAUAAACAUAAUCAAAAGUAUCCUGUAAUUGCUAUAUACAUCUAUAUAUAUAUUGCCAAAUAAUUGGUUUAUUAA